AUGGCGUUGCCGAAAAGAAUAGUGAAGGAGACCGAGCGCCUUAUGGCGGAGCCGGUCCCCGGUAUCAAUGCUGUGCCUCAUGAAGACAACCUGCGUUAUUUCGAUGUCUCGAUCCAUGGACCGGCCCAAUCUCCAUAUGAAGGUGGUAUAUUCCGUCUUGAACUGUUCUUGCCCGAAGACUAUCCUAUGACUCCUCCCAAGAUUCGAUUCUUGACCAAGAUCUACCACCCCAACAUCGACCGUCUCGGGCGUAUCUGCUUGGAUGUCCUAAAGAACAACUGGUCCCCUGCACUCCAAAUCCGUACGAUUCUACUCUCUAUCCAAGCCUUGCUAGGAGCUCCCAACCCAGAUGACCCGCUUGCAAAUGACGUCGCUCAGCGUUGGAAGGAGGAUGAGCCCGCUGCGAUACAGACCGCUAGGGAAUGGACCAGGACACAUGCCAUGACUUAG